AUGUUCGAGGGGAUGGAGCGGGCGGGAUACGGCGUGGGCGCCGGGGUGGUGCUGUCGCGGGACCCCAAGCCCCGGCUGCGCUGGACGCCCGACCUGCACGAGCGCUUCGUGGAGGCCGUCACCAAGCUCGGCGGCCCCGACAAGGCGACGCCCAAGUCGGUGCUGAGACUGAUGGGCAUGAAAGGGCUCACCUUGUACCACCUAAAGAGCCAUCUUCAGAAAUACAGGAUGGGAAAGCAGAGCAAGAAAGAUACAGGCUUCGAAACCAACAGAGGAGCCUUCGCCGCACAGGGCAUCAGUUUCUCCUCUGCGGUGCCUCAGAACGUUCCGUCCGCCGGGAACAACAACAUGGGAGAAACGCCACUCGCGGACGCAUUAAGAUAUCAAAUCGAAGUCCAAAGGAAGUUGCACGAACAGCUUGAGGUUCAGAAGAAGCUGCAAAUGCGCAUCGAGGCGCAAGGGAAGUACCUGCAAACGAUCCUGGAGAAGGCCCAGAAAAACCUCUCGUACGAGGCAGGCGCAGACGCGAACCUAGAGACAACCAGGUCGCAGCUCACCGACUUCAACCUGGCUCUCUCGGGGUUCAUGGACGACGCGACGCAGGCGUGCCAGCAGAACGGCGGAGAGCUGGCCAAGGCCUUGUCCGACGACAGCCUCAGAGCCGGCAACCUGGGCUUCCAGCUCUACCACGGAGUCCACGACGGCGAGGACGUGAAAUGCGCCACGGACGAGGACCUGCUCCUGCUGGACCUGAACAUCAAAGGUGGGUACGAUCAUCGGCUGUCCUCCCACGGCAUGCGGCGCGGCGCGGUGGACCUGACGGUCGGCCAGCACCGGAGGUAA